CACGCGCCCAAACGCACCUCUGACAUGUGACACAGCAUGGAAGAUUGUGAUCUCGCCCAAUACCGCGACAUGAUCAUCGAAGGCGAUCUUCCGCUCGACCUCCGACCUCCGCCGCGGCUUUACCUCCCUCACUACCUCAGAGACGAGAGCACGGAAUACCCUCAAGACGACACCUACGUCUCCGUGGACGAAGACACGCCAGAAGUCCCGCCGCCGUCCAGCGACUCCGAAAGGUUCGAGGCCUCCAGCCCCAGUGACACAAAAUCCAGCUCGCCGAAGAAACCCAAACAAAAAUCCUCGUCCCAGCUCAUCAAGCCGCCGUACUCCUACAUCGCCCUCAUCACAAUGGCCAUCCUCCAGUCGCCGCACAAAAAACUGACGCUGAGCGGGAUCUGUGAAUUUAUCAUGACAAGGUUUCCGUACUACAGAGAAAAGUUUCCCGCGUGGCAGAAUUCGAUCAGGCACAAUUUGAGUUUGAACGAUUGCUUUAUUAAAAUUCCGCGGGAGCCGGGAAAUCCUGGAAAAGGGAAUUACUGGACGCUGGAUCCGUUGGCGGAGGAUAUGUUCGACAAUGGGAGUUUUCUGCGGAGGAGGAAGAGGUACAAGAGGCCGGCGCCGUCGUUGCAGCAUGCUCACGCAGUGGUGGCGAUGCUCGCUCGGGAGGCGUACGCUCCUCUGCUGCCGCUGCCGUGUUAUUUGCCGCCGACGCCGCUGCUGUCGUUGCCGCGCCCGCCGCCGGCGGCGUUGCGCCCAGUCCCGCUGCCGCCGCGAGUUGCAGAAACCACCGAACCUAGAGGGAAGCGGUCACGAAAUGGGUUCUCUAUUGAGUCAAUAAUUGGAUCACAAGACUCCCCAGUGACAUCCGAGCCUAGAAGAAGUGCGUUUUCUCCCCUGCAUCAGGGGAAUUGUCCUCCAGACGACUGGGCGAGGUGAAUGUACCUCAACGGGUGUGUUUCUAGUCCCUCCCCGUUUUAAGUCCGUCGGACUGAGUACCGAGUCCUCGCUACAUGACUGAAGUGGUAGUUGAAAGACGUUUCAGUGAUUUUAAGAUGUAUAUUUGCCUACACGGGUAUAAAGCUUCAACCAAAUAUCAAAUAGUGUUUAGUAAUAAUGACCAAGCCAUUGUAAAGUUACCAAAUAUGUUUGUUUUGUGGCAAAAUGUAAUUAUUAAUGCUUUACGCAUGUUGAGUUGUUAUUUACAUUGGAAUAAUGUUAUUGCGAAAGGUCGUCCGUAAAAAUAAAUACGAAAUAAGUUUAAAAUUA